AUCCAUUGACAUGAAACAACAACACAACCCAACCACGCACGGUUGGUGAGAUUACUUGAAAGCGGUAGUGUCGACUAUGGUGAAUGAUAUUUCUCUCCUUUACAACAUUCCAAAAUCAUGAGUCUAACAAAUUUUUCAAAGGCAAACCUCCCAAACCUCCGGCGCUUGUUUGUUGAAGCACGAACAGAUGUGGAAGAAAGCGCAUACUCGAGGAAGGCUGUAAGUAACCCCUCCCCUUUCUUGUAUAUGUAAUAAUUGUCAAAAUCUAGUUCUAUAAUAUCGUUCUCUUCAUGUCCUCGGUAGCAGUUUUUGGUCUCGUCGCGCAGAAAAUGAACAAAGUCGUAAAAUAGCGCCUUCAACUCCGAUGCGAAUGACGCCCCUCCAUCAUGACAAUGCCCUACACUCAGGCUACAAGUCCAGAGACCAUCUGCUUCUAAGGGACAGUAGCGGGAAUGUGGAAAUUCUAAGCAGGUUAAAUUCGCUACAAGAGAGUCACUCAGGAGAAGCAUAGAAACAGAGAUGCAAGACUGGGACGGACUGGUAGUGGAUUGAAGGAACACUCUACUGCAAAAGUUAGAAUAUUUCUCUCUCCUCUGGCGUAGAAGUCCGUAGUGCAGAAUAUGGGCUUACACGAUGGUCCAUCCAUUGCCAUAGUUUCUCCUAGAGGAUAGCCGAGCACUGGGCAUCUAUCAAUAUAAAAUCUCCC